GCCAGCUGUGAGUGGUUAUACCAAUGAGUUUGCAUACCAGACACAAGAAUUAUAAAUUAUUUAUAAAUGAUUAUUAAUCAAAAUUACCCUCAAUAAAUCAAAGUUUUGUGUAGUAAGUUGAGGGGAUAGGGUCCGGCGAAGAAGGAGAAGAUGACAAUGGCAGUGAGCUUAGGGAUAGUUGUCGUUCCGUCGUGUUCCGGAGAUCGCGUCUUCCGAUCUAACUUCUCGCCCGUCUGUAGCGUCUCUUGCGGCCGAAUCAAUGUCGGAACCGUCGUAAUUUCGACUCGCCGACGCCGUGAUAUGGGCGGGUUAAUGAUUUCUAGCUGUAUCUCUUCGGAUUCUUCUUCUUCUUCGUCAUCGUCUUCCUCUGUGCCAAAGACGAAACUCUUUGUUAUUGGGCUUUCAUUCCGGACAACUGAAGAUACCUUACGGGAUACAUUUGAACAGUUUGGCAAGCUUGUACACAUGAACUUGGUGAUGGAUAAGGUAGCUAAUAGACCAAAAGGUUUUGCCUUCCUACGGUAUGACACAGAGGAGGAGGCUAUGAAAGCUAUUGAAGGGAUGCACGGAAAGUUUUCGGAUGGAAGGGUUAUAUUCGUAGAAGAAGCUAAAAGCAGAUCAGAUAUCUCCAGAGGUAAACCCAGACCAGACUACCCCAAAGCUCAAUCAAAACCUCGCACCUUUCGUACGUGGUAGCUGUUUUGAUUCUGUCUUCAUACUGUGUAAUGAAUUGUAAAAUUUUGAUCUACCUUCUUAGAUUAUACAAUGGAGUCACUUGUCAACUCCUACCAUGGUUUUACUAGUCUAAACUAAAAUUAACAUUUUUAAAAAUAACAUUUGCCAUGUCAAAAAAUGCAUAAUAUAGCCUUCAAAAUAUAUUUUUCCUUA